AUGUCACUGUCACUUAAACGAAAUUUGCGGGUAAAAAUUCGUUUAAGAUCCAAUUUCAUAUUGUGAUGUUACUUUAGUUAAGAAAAAUGAACGACGUUCAAAAUAUUAUUGACCGUCAACUUGGGAUUUAUUCUCGCUUCAACUAUGAUAAUGUUUUAAAGAGGCUAUCGGUACAAAACGAGGAAUCAUUUUACGGACUACAAACCGCCAGUUCGGCAGCUAACUUUGACCAAGAUCCUCCGAUUUUUGCAUGUCGUUUUUCUGAAGCUCCAGGCUACGAACACAUCCUUGCACUCGCUAACGAGGAUGGCCGCGUUGCUAUUCAGGACACCAGAACACAGAAAACUGCAAGCACAUUGGAAGGCUUCCAGUGCCACAACAAUGCCGUCUUUGACCUGGCAUGGAUGCCACAGAACAUGAAGUUUGUCACCGUGUCAGGCGACCACACGGCGUGCCUGUGGGACGUGGCGGAGGCGGCGCCGCGGCGCGUGCUGGUGUUCUCCAACCACACGCGCUCCGUGAAGACGGCGGCCUUCCGGCCCACGGAGCCCAGCGUGUUCGCCACGGGCGCGCGCGACGGCCGCGUGCUGGUGUGGGACGCGCGCGCCGCCGCGCCCGCGCUCGUGCUGCGCCCCGACGUGUGCCUGGCGGGCUGCCACGCCUUCGCGCCGCGCGCCUCGCCCCGCGCGCGCCGCCCCCGCGCCGACCCGCGCCGCGCGCUCAGCAUCACGGGCCUGGCCUUCCGCGACGACCUCACGCUCGUGUCGUGCGGCGAGUGCGACGGCAACAUCAAGGUGUGGGACAUGCGCAAGAACUACGGCGUCUACAAGCGCGAGCCGCUGCCGAAGCACUCGAUCCCCUACUGCGGCAGCUCCGCGAGGAACGGCUACACGAACCUGAUCAUCGACGACGCCCGCGUGCGCCUCUACGCGAGCUGCAUGGACGACGUCAUCUACUGCUUCAACGUGUCGACGUUCGGCUCGCUGCCCGAGCAGCGGUACGUCGGCCACGAGAACAGCACGUUCUACAUCAAGACCGGCCUCAGCCCCGACGGCGCGUACCUCGUCAGCGGCAGCAGCGACAAGAACGCGUACGUGUGGAACGUCAAGUACUCGCAGCCGGUGGUGCGGCUGAGCGGGCACCGCGCCGAGGUGACGUGCGCGGCGUGGUGCCAGCGCGGCGACACCAAGAUCGUGACGUGCAGCGACGACGCGCGCCACAAGAUCUGGCGCGUGGGGCCCGAGGCGCCCGCCGACGAGGCGGCCGGCCGCGCCGAGCUCACCCCGCGCGCCGACGGCGGCCCGCAGUGGGGCGCGCGCGACCGCACGCCGCACGCGCUGCGCCGCCGCGGAGCCUCGCCCGCCUCGCCCGCGCCGCCCGCGCCGCCCGCCAAGCGCGCGCGCGCCGGGCCCAAGCGCUGCCUGGCCGAGCUGCUGGGCGCGCGCGACGCCGACGCGGCCGACGCCAAGCGCCCGCGCAUCGAAGCCGCGCCCGACGGGGACGCGCGCAAGCGGCCGGCCGCGCCGGAGCCGGAGCCGGAGCCGGAGCCGGUCAAGCGGCGCCGCUCGGAGCCGGAGCGCGACGCCGACGACUGGCCGUACUUCGCGGCGAAGGCGGGCACGUCGUUCGUGACGCCGCCCCGGAGCUACGAGAGGAAGGGCGGCAAGGUGCUGUCCCCGCGGAGCCCCCCCUCGCCGCGCCCGCCGGCCCGCUCGCCCGACGGGGACUCCCGCGGGGCGGUCAAGAUCAUCACCUUCACGACGCCGACCAAGAAUUUGCCCAAUUUCGUUUUGAACGGGGAGGCGCCCCACCUGAGGCUGAUGUCGCCGGUUAAGAAGAAACCGGAGACGACCGACUGGCUCACGCUCAUGGUCCGCGAGAGGAGAGGCAAGACGUCGGAACCCAACGAGAGGCUGAACGUCGCGGCUCCGUCCAGUCCGAAGGAGAAUGUCCCCGCGCGUAGGAACUCGGUCACAGACAGAAUUACGAAAUCCAAUAAUAAAAAUAGAACUUUACUCAAAUAUUUCAGUGUCGCCAAAAAAGAAAAAUAAUAACCAGUGCGAGUGGGUUCUCGACACAUUGCCGCGGUCCGUCGUGUCGCUCCUAUAAAUGUUAUAAUUAUGGAAAACUAGCUCUUAGAUAUGACACAUCACUGUGACACUACACUGAUAUUUGUCAUUUUUUUUAUUUUUUGCGACUGACCCAGAGAUCACACGAAGACUUGAGAUCGUCAUCCUCGUCUUGAGCAUAACUAGCGCUCGGGUGAAGCAUCUUUUAUUAAAUAUAAAUGAGACGGUCCCGUCGGCCGCCGCGUCGAGUCGGGCCGCCCUUUGAGUUCUUAGAUUGUCUGUGAUUUUGCAAAUUUGUUUUAAAAAAGUCACCUAGCAAUCGAAUCUUAGCUAUUAGGUUCAUCUAGUAUUCGGGUCUCGGGGCGAAAUGAAACAAUGUACAAGUGGUGUAAACAAAAUAAUUAUAAUCGAUCGCCUCAUGGGUCUCGUGCGCCUCUCGGCCUGCAGAUAUCGAAGGCCUCGGCAUCGAGCUUCGGUCGGACAGAUGUUAUUUGGUUUUUUCUGUCGAGUGAAGUUCAGUAGCAGCCCAUAGUUGCCAGUGUGCCCACUCCCGUGCAGCCGUUGCUCCUUCGCCUGGACUGCGGUCGUGUCUGGUCACUGGCACUGGGGUGAGCGAGUGUUUUCACGAACACUUGCACCUACAUACCUAUUAGUUGAACCUCAGGAGGGCAUAGUACUACAUAAAAAUUAAUGCUUUUAUUUCUUUUAUAUGCUUUAAACUUUUAUGUUUUUUUAUGUAUGUAAGAAUGAACUCGUUUAUUUUUUAAAACCUUGUCAAAUGUCACUGUAAUGUCAUCUCAAUACAUAUGACGGUUCCAAAUGUAAUAAUAGUUAGAUCUUUUAGGUAUACUAUAAUAAUAAUUAUAUGUAAGUUUUAAAGUAUGAUUCCUCAAGUGCUACAUGCAUAGACUGAUAUAUUAUUUUAAAUUGUAUGACUUGUAAAAACAUUGAAUGUGUAAUGUUUUAUCUCGCAACGAUCGUCGUAACAGUAAGUUGAUUAGUCAUUUAAUUACUUUCUCUAUGUCAUGAGAUCGUGUUUAUUGUUAGCGUAUUGUGAUACUACGACCUUUUUAAGUAAAGGAACAUGAAAUUUU